AGAGCGGAAAUUUCUUUGUGUUUCACGAAUACUAGGAUAUUAUUGAAGAGCUUUUUUGCGUGUUACAGUUGAUGAACGAAAACGUAAUGGAGGACAAACAUCGUGAAGUUUUGAGAGCGAACAGAAUGGAAAUCGUUCGUGAUUUGGAUGUGGACAAUGCUACAUCAUUCUUGUAUUCGAAAAGCAUCCUAUCAGAAAAUGAUCGUGACGAGAUUAAAGCAAUUAAAACAUUGCAAUCUAAAAGUGAGAAACUCUUGGAUAUUCUUCCGAGGCGAGGACCCGAAGCGUUUGGUGUUUUUGUGAAAUUUCUCGAUGAAAAUCAACCAUUCUUGAUUAAAUACCUGAAAUCCGAUACAGGUUUGCAAGGUUCAAAGCAACUUGUGGAUAUUUGGGAUGGACCAUCACACAGCCUCGAUGAUAAAAAGCUUCCCCACGAAACUGAUGAAGAGUUAAAACCUAAGACGUUUGAUGACACCAGUGUUAAACCAGGAAUGGGUUCAGCACAUCAAGAUGGGAAGGGUUCAUGGACACCAAAUCAAGGUAGUAUUUUCCAUAAAUGUGGUAAAAUAUUCAAGGUCUGCUUUCACAAAGCCAAGAAUAGUGUUUUGAUGUAUCAGAAUUUCAGACUGCAUCGGUGUACAAAGCAACCAGUUGAUAAUGUAGAUGCUCCAUCGCGUAAUCUCGAUGAUGAAAAGUCUCCUGAAGAAACUGACGAAGAGUUAAAACAUGAGAACUCCCCAAACACUAUUGGUAAAACCACCAGUAUCUGUACACAAGAAGAUGGGAAAUGGUUUAAAUGGCGGCUUCCUAAACCGAAUGAAGGUUUCGAAUAUAUUGAGGGGAUUGAUCAGAAAGACGGAGGAAGUCAUUAUGAGAACAACAAAAUUACGCUUCCUUGUGAGGCAGAUUUUAUGUAUGCUUAUUCUUCUGUACCAGGCUACUAUUCAUGGCGCAACUCUGCCAAAGGCUCUUGGUUUGUUCAAGCCAUCGUUUCUGUCUUCCGCAAGUAUUCUAAGUCAAUGGAUCUUCUCAGAAUGAUGACGCGCGUGAAUUGUGAAGUGGCUAAACAGAAGUCAAACACAAAUGAAGACUAUUCCGACAACAAGAAACAGAUUCCUUCAAUUAUCUCACAGCUGCGUAAGGAACUUUACUUCUUUCCUGAAAAUGUUUUAGAGGGUCAGCCGUAAAUUUUAUGUUUUGAUUUGUUUGGAUAGUUUUUUGUAUUGGCUUGAAUGAUUCAAGUGUUUAAGUACUUUAGUAUGAUCUCCGCUGUUCAUGUGAAGUGAUAUGUAAGGUAACAGUCGCAAUUUGCUUUUUGCAGCUUGCACAAUCUAAUCUAUGUUGAGCACAACCAUAUUUCAGUUGCACUUUGCAGUUUGCAUUAACUGUUCUGUGCAUUUUCUGGUUUUUUUUCUUUUCCCAUUUUCUCGGCAACGGAGAGAUAUUUGUAAACCUUCAAAGAGUGUUAAAAGGAAUUAAAUAAUCCACAAUAAUCAUAUCUAUAGACACGUGAAAAGAAUGACGUUGCAUUUUAUACACGUUCCCUGUGUAUUAAUGCUUUUUUAUGUAAUCAACCUAAAAUAUUCUUUUAGAUUAAAAUCGUUAUACAUUAUUAUGGAGUGACAAGCGACUUCUCCUAUGAAGUACUAUAAAUGUAGGAUAGGGUAAAAGCCAAUGAAAAUUGAGAAAUAAAUUAUUUGUAGUACAGAAA